CAAGUCUGAAAAGAGUUCAAUCAUAUUCAGGAUGAGCCUUGACUUUCUGGAAGACUUUGCGAGUGACUAUGAAAACGCAUUACUUCAAACUGGAUUCGGAAAUUUUCAAUUUCUUUUGAUUACAAUAUGUGGUUUAAUUUACAUGAAUACGGCCAUGGGUGUGACCAUUAUAUCGUUCGUCUUGCCGUCUGCUACAUGUGAUUUCACCAUGACAUCCACAGACAAAGGCUGGCUAUCUGCUUCACCUAUGCUAGGAAUGUUAAUUGGAUCAUAUUUUUGGGGAUGCCUUGCUGAUACGAAAGGUCGACGUGUUGUUUUAAUUACAACUUUAUUAGCAGAUGGCAUAUUCGGAAUAUUAUCUUCGUUUGCACCGAUUUAUAUAAUUUUUAUGUUAUUCCGAUUAGUAAAUGGAUUCAAUGUUGCAGGAACUAUGAGUAUAAUAUUCCCUUAUUUGGGUGAAUUUCAAACUACACAGCAUAGAGAAAAAAUUUUAUGUUGGAUGGAACUUUACUGGACUUUUGGAAUAAUAUUGCUGCCGGGAAUUGCGUGGAGUUUAAUUCCUUUGAAAAUCAAUAUUGGAUCUGGAAUAAUUUCUUAUCAUAGUUGGAAUCUUUUUGUUGCGCUUUGUGCCGUUCCCAGUAUUUUAUUGGGUCUUUGGCUAUUUGCGUUCCCUGAAAGUCCCAAAUUUCUUCUGGAACACGGAGAAUCGGAAAAGGCCUUAGAAGUUUUAGCACUUAUUUAUGUAAAGAAUACUGGACAAAGCCGCAGCAACUAUCCCUGCACUACUCUGAGGGAGUCAAUUCGACCACUUCAGAGAGAUGGAGAGACGAAUAUUCAGAAUCAACGAAUAGGUAAUUUUACUGAACUCAAAAAUUUAUCUGUGGAGAUUUGGGAUCAAACAAAAACUCUAUACAAGCAUCCGUACUUGAAGAACUCCGUUAUAACAUGUGCUAUUCAAUUCUGUCUUACCACGAGCUAUUAUACAUUGAUGGUUUGGUUCCCAGAAAUAUUUCAAAGAUAUGAUGAUUAUGAGAAAGUCCAUCCUGGAAUACCCGCAUCGGUUUGUGAUAUUUCAUCAAUCGUUACAUCAAAUACAACUUUUGUAGACUGCGAGUCGGAAAUCGAUCAUACAGUGUUCUUUCACACAUUUAUAAUUGGUUUGGCUUGCAUACCAACAAGUUUCUGGCUACCACUAUGUGUUCACAAAUUGGGAAUCAAAUUCUUUUUGGUUUUCAGUUUGACGGCAGCCGGAUUUGUAACUUUGGGUUUUUAUUUCGCUCGAAGUUCUUUUGAAAACUUAAUUUUGUCAUGCAUUUUUGAAGCACUAACUUCGCUUAGCAUCAGUACUUUAUAUUGUGUCUUGGUGGAUUUAUUCCCAACAAAUUUGAGGGUAAUGGCAGCGGCAAUGUCCAUGACUUUUGGACGCGGAGGAGCCUUAUUGGGAAACCUUAUAUUCGGAUUGCUCAUUGAUUUAAACUGCAUAAUACCAAUAAUCAUUUUUUCGGGUAUGCUGUUCGCAAGUGCCUUUUUAUGUUGGAUUUUACCCACAACUGGAGCGGAUGCCUUAAACUAAGACUAUCAUACAGCUACUAUUUGUUAAUUUUAUCUAUUCACUUAUAAUAUAAAUUAUACAAAUAUUAUUGAAUCAUGUAUUAAAUUUCUCAAAUAUAUGAUAACAUUUAUUUUUGUUACAGUUAA